GGAAGAGCAGAAGAGCCCGAAACUGGAAAGCUUUCCAGGAAAUAUAGGAGGGAAGCCGUGUGGGGAAUUUGAACCAUUUAGAAGAUGGCAGCCAAGCGGACAGAGCCGGUCACCAUCAUUAGCCUUCGGGAGUUGAACCUGGGGACCCCAGAGCCACAGCCAAAAGAGUCAAAGACAUUCACCGUGGAAGACGCCGUGGAGACCAUUGGAUUUGGACGUUUCCACAUUGCCCUCUUUCUGAUCAUGGGCAGCACGGGGGUCGCUGAAGCCAUGGAGAUCAUGUUAAUAGCGGUUGUGUCUCCUGUCAUCCGCUGUGAAUGGCAGCUGGAGAAUUGGCAGGUGGCGUUAGUGACCACGAUGGUGUUUUUCGGCUACAUGGUAUUCAGCAUCCUCUUUGGCCUCUUGGCUGACAGAUAUGGCCGCUGGAAGAUUUUGCUCAUCUCGUUCCUGUGGGGAGCCUACUUCUCCUUGCUGACCUCAUUCUCUCCCUCGUACAUCUGGUUUGUCUUCCUGCGGACGAUGGUGGGCUGUGGCGUGUCUGGCCAUGCCCAAGGGCUAAUCAUAAAGGCUGAAUUUUUGCCUGCAAAAUAUCGAGGCUACAUGCUCCCCUUGUCUCAGGUUUUCUGGCUAGCGGGCUCCCUGCUCGUCAUCAGCCUGGCUUCCGUGAUCAUCCCCACCAUCGGGUGGCGCUGGCUCAUCCGCAUCACCUCCAUCCCUGGCAUCAUCCUCACCGUGGCCUUCAUGUUUAUUCCUGAAUCUGCUCGGUUCAAUGUCUCUACCGGGAACACUCAGGCUGCCCUGGUUACACUGGAGCGCAUCGCCAAGAUGAACCGCUCAGUCAUGCCGGAGGGGAAGCUGGUGGAGCCCAUCCUGGAAAAAAGAGGAAGAUUUACAGACUUAUUGGAUGCUAAAUAUUUACGGACCACGUUACAGAUCUGGGUCAUAUGGCUGGGCAUCUCUUUCGCCUACUACGGGGUCAUCCUGGCCAGUGCGGAGCUGCUGGAGCAGGACCUGGUCUGUGGCUCGCGGUCGGAGUCGGAGGCAGUGGUGACCGUAGGGGUCUCGGAGGAGAGCCAGAGCCCCUGCCACUGCCAGGUGUUUGCCCCUUCCGACUACCAGACCAUGAUUAUCAGCACCGUUGGCGAAAUUGCUCUGAAUCCUUUAAAUAUCCUGGGCAUUAAUUUCCUGGGAAGACGGCUGAGCCUUUCUAUUACCAUGGGAUGUACAGCUUUAUUCUUCCUUCUCCUCAAUAUUUGCACUUCAAGUGCCGGCCUCAUCGGCUUCCUCUUCAUGCUGAGGGCUUUGGUGGCGUCCAACUUCAACACCAUCUACAUUUACACCGCUGAGGUCUACCCCACAACGAUGCGCGCUUUGGGGAUGGGGACCAGUGGAUCCCUGUGUCGCAUUGGUGCGAUGGUGGCGCCAUUUAUAUCCCAGGUUCUCAUGGGUGCAUCAUUUCUGGGAGCCUUGUGUCUUUUCUCAUCUGUCUGUGUUGUGUGUGCCAUUUCUGCAUUUACUCUCCCUAUUGAGACCAAAGGACGGGCCCUACAGCAACUUAAAUGAAUUAAAUGAAGACCUGAAAACCCGUGUCUACCAAAGAAGAAAAAUAUAUUUUUAUCUUCAUGAAGAGCUGUGGCACAUUUAAAAACACCUGGCUUUGGACUUGCCUGGUGGAACAGUGGUAAGAAUCCGCCUGCCAAUGCAGGGGACACGAGUUCAAGCCCUGGUCCAGGAAGAUCCCACAUGCUGUGGAGCAACUAAGCCCCUGUGCUACAACUACUGAGCCUGUGCUCUAGAGCCUGUGAGCCACAACUACUGAAGCCUGUGCACCUACAGCCCGUGCUCCACAACAAGAGAAGUCACUGCAAUGAGAAGCCCGUGCACCGCAACGAAGAGUAGCCCCUGCUCGCCACAGCUAGAGAAAGCCUGUGCACAGCAAUGAAGACCCAACACAGCCAAAAAUAAAUUAAAAAAUUUAUAAAAAAAUAAAUUAAAAAAAUAAAAACACCUGAUUUAAUUUCAGUACACUA